GGGCGGGGACUUCCGGUUUGGGCGGAGCGGCGGGCCGAGGGCGGGGCCGUGUGGAGGAGGAAGCAGGCCAGGCCGGGCGGCGGCUCACCAGGACGAACCAUGGACAGCCAGGGCAGGAAGGUGGUGGUGUGCGACAACGGCACUGGGUUUGUGAAGUGUGGAUAUGCAGGCUCUAAUUUUCCAGAACACAUCUUCCCAGCUUUGGUUGGAAGACCUAUUAUCAGAUCAACCACCAAAGUGGGAAACAUUGAAAUCAAGAAUAACAAAAAGAUGGACCUUAUGGUUGGUGAUGAGGCAAGUGAGCUGCGUUCCAUGUUGGAAGUGAACUACCCCAUGGAGAAUGGCAUCGUGCGGAAUUGGGAUGACAUGAAGCACCUGUGGGACUACACAUUUGGACCAGAGAAACUCAAUAUAGACACCAGAAACUGCAAGAUUUUACUUACAGAACCUCCCAUGAAUCCAACCAAAAACAGAGAGAAGAUUGUAGAGGUAAUGUUUGAAACUUACCAGUUUUCUGGUGUGUAUGUAGCCAUCCAGGCAGUUCUGACUUUGUAUGCUCAAGGUUUACUGACUGGUGUAGUAGUGGACUCUGGAGAUGGCGUCACUCACAUUUGCCCAGUAUAUGAAGGCUUUUCUCUCCCUCACCUUACAAGGAGGCUGGAUAUUGCUGGGAGGGAUAUUACCAGGUAUCUUAUCAAGCUGCUGCUGUUGCGAGGAUAUGCCUUCAACCAUUCUGCUGAUUUUGAGACAGUUCGCAUGAUUAAGGAAAAACUUUGUUAUGUGGGUUACAAUAUUGAGCAGGAGCAGAAGCUGGCCUUAGAGACCACAGUGUUAGUUGAGUCAUAUACACUUCCAGAUGGACGUAUCAUUAAGGUUGGAGGAGAACGAUUUGAAGCACCAGAGGCUUUAUUUCAGCCUCAUUUGAUCAAUGUCGAGGGGGUUGGUGUUGCUGAACUGCUUUUUAACACAAUCCAGGCAGCCGACAUUGAUACCAGAUCUGAAUUUUACAAGCACAUUGUGCUUUCUGGAGGUUCUACCAUGUAUCCUGGCCUGCCAUCGAGGUUGGAACGAGAGCUUAAACAGCUUUACUUAGAACGAGUUCUGAAAGGAGAUGUGGAAAAACUUUCAAAAUUUAAGAUCCGAAUUGAAGACCCACCCCGCAGGAAGCACAUGGUGUUCUUGGGUGGCGCAGUCCUAGCAGACAUCAUGAAAGACAAAGACAACUUUUGGAUGACCAGACAAGAGUACCAAGAAAAGGGUGUCCGUGUGCUGGAGAAACUUGGUGUAACUGUUCGAUAAAAUAGCAGGCUUGUCCCCAUCACGCCUCUAAUGCUUUUUCUUUUUCCCUUUUUAAAAAAAUUUUUCUUUAUUGCCAAUCUUUGAAGUCAUUCAACCCAGGACUGAAAGAGGCUCUCUGUCCCUUUUGACAGAAAGGUCAAGUUUUUCUCUGUCUUGGGGAAGCAUUGCUAAAUUCUUGUUAAUAUGGGUAAAUCUGGUUGUUUAAGGCUACCAAAUCUUUGCAGACAUUACCAGGGCAAGGGGUUGCUGCUGCUCUGUUUCUUUCUUUGUAGGCAUUUAGAACUGCUUGUAGGCUUCCAAUUUUUGCUUUCUUGCUCUAAUGCUGCUAGCUUUAGUUUUAGCACAGUAGGUGGUAUGUCUUUAUUAGCAUAAGAAAAACUUUCACAGGAGCUUUUACAUAUGCUGGGUGGGGGUGGUAAGGGGUGGGUGGGCAGCCCGAGCGGGAGGGCCUUUCCUCUGUAGUGUUAGCUUUCAGCAGGUCACUGCUGCUACUUUUGAAGUCCCCUGAAGUGUCUCCUAGUAACAUCUUAGGGAAAUAUUAAGCUCACAACUAAGGUGUUUGGGCUAGAGUUUUAUGUGAUGGAACAAAUGGGUGACCUUUCUGUUGUGGCUUUUGAGGUCUUCUGCUCUGGGUACAAAAGAUGCAUGAACCUCAUUUACAAUACUCUGACUUGGUAGUUUUCUUCUUUCCGUCUGCCUGGAACUGUUCCCAUAUGACAGGAAAAAAGCAAGCCCAGUGUUUUAUUACCAUCUGUCAGCUGGGAGUAUAUUUCCUAUACUCUAUCAGUGAAAAAGUAACAUUUUAAAGGAAAUGCUUUUUCUAGGUCAAAUUACAGAUAGAAAAUUGCUCAAGGGCCAGCAUUUUCUAAUGCUGUUGUUUUUCCUGGAAGCACUAAGGAAAUGAACCAACCAAGUUCCACUCUUGAAAGUUGUACUUUUAUGUUCCUGAUCAGUGCUUCUCGACAAGAGCUACUGUACAGAGAAGUAAUUCAUGGCUGUGGGUUAAUUAUAAUUGUUGUAGUAACAUUCACAUUGGGACUUGGUGCCAGUUGUUUUGUUUUGUUUUUUCAUGAGACUUGGGACUAAAAUUUUAGCAACAACAACCACAAUAGAAAAUUUACCAGUAGUCAACCAUGUCUGUACAGUUAUGGAGGCUACUUCCCAGCCCUCUUUGGUUCUUGCAGGAAGAGUGUUUGCAGGCCUGUCCUGUUGGUAUUGUUUGUCAGCUCAGAAAGAAUCAGGUGGUACCCAAGUGCGGGGUCUUCCUAACGUUGAAAAAUGAAACGAGAAGCUGUAUCACAGAAAAUACAAAAUGAUGAUUCUGAGAGAAAUAUUUUCCUUCAUUUCAAAUGUUCUUUACUAAUGAUGAAUUUGAAAGAAUGGCUUUUUUCCUUUUUUCUUUUUUUUUUCUUUUUUUUUUUUUUGGAUGCUUAAAAUCAGAAUUUUUAAUGGAUUUUUUAAGAUAACUUUAAUUAGUUUAUAUGAAAUCAGCAGCAAAAGGAAGUUUGUCUUAAUAAUGCAGCUUCUGUGAUGUUAAGUAUUUUUGCCUGUUUUACCUCAAUUUGAACAAAUAGGAGAAGUCUGUGUGCAUGCUGGACAUGCUCAGUACACACGACAGCCCGCCGGUGCAGUGCGGUGUCAGCUGCUCGGUGUUGGGUGCGUGACUCAGUCACAGUGGAAUCCCUAAGCGUUCCUAAAUCAUGUUGUCAAAUUCUCCAGUCUCGGGAGUUCUGGGCCCAUUACCUGCUGUGCAUAGGACUGGUACCAAGGACUAUUGAGUGUAGACAAACGAUCAACUCUUGGCUUUGACCAUGGCUUUAAACAAAGGGGUGAAAACAAGAAAGAAUAGGAUGGAAUCUGGAAUAAAACAGUGAAAGAGCAUUGUUCUUUGUACCUUGAAUGUAGAAUUUGUUUUUAUUUCAUAAUUCUGCUAGCAAACAUGACUGUUAAAAUGAUGUAUUUAUAUAUGUAAUAAUUUAGAAAUUCCAUUUUAUAGUUUCCUAUCCUAAGGUGAAAUAAUGAAUUUAGUAAUUUGGGAGUUCGGACAUACUGUAUUCUAUUGGAGGUGCCAGGUUUGAGUCCUUCAAAAAUAAAAAAAAUUUAAAAAAUCUGUUUUUUAAAAGAUCUGAUUUUUAGCUCUUUGAAACCCAUCGUCACUUAGAUUUCCAAUGCUAAUUAAAAUUCUUUUAUUUUUAAAUUAAAAUCACCAAUGCCUUGAGGGUCUUCUUAGAAAAUAUGGUAUUGGAUAUUAACUUUCAUAGUUCUGAGCACUAUUAGUAUCUAUCUGACAAGUAUUGGGAAGAUCAAUGGAAAGCUAAAUAUUCUAAAUUUAACACAAAUAUACUUCUUUUUAAUUAAGAAAAUAAAUAAGAUUUUUCAACAUAA